AUGGCUAUCGAAAUGAUGCAAAUGGGCGCUCGCGCCCUCAACCACUCCUCCAGCGACACCGAAGCAGAAUACGACCGCCUCCGCGACCUCGCCCGCCAAGAAGCCGCCCAACGCUCCUCCUGCUUCGACCGCGCGCACCAAGCCUACGAAUCCGGCGACGGCGCGCGCGCCCACGACCUCAGCGAAGAAGGAAAGCGCCACGCCGCGCAGAUGGACAAAUAUAAUCGCCAAGCGCGCGACUACAUCUUCCGCGCGAACAACUCCGAAGGGCGCGUCGCGUCCGACACCAUCGAUUUGCACGGGCUGUUCGUCGAGGAGGCGGAGGACGUGCUUGAGGAGCGCAUCAAGGAGGCGAAGAGGACGGGGCAGACGCAUCUGCAUGUUAUUGUGGGGAAGGGGAAUCACUCCCGAGGGCAUGUGCAGAAGAUUAAGCCGCGGGUGGAGCAGGUGUGUAAUGAGUUGGGCCUGCAGUAUGCGACGGAGGAAAAUGAGGGGAGGAUUUACGUUAACCUCCAGGGUGGAGCUGUGCACGGGAUGCCGCCUGCGCCGCAGGCUCCCAGCUACGGCGGGUAUCCUGGGGGGAAUACUCAUGGGGGGCAGACGUAUGGUGGGCAUUCGCAGCAACAUGGGGGCAGCAUGGGGUGGACAUGGGCAGCAGCAUGGGGGACAGCAUCAGCAGCAGAAUAA